AUGUGUCAUUUCGGAGAGUUUAAGGACAUGGCGAUUCGCGAUAAAUUGGUUUGCGGUAGUAGCGACAAGGACUUGCAGCAGCGUUUAUUCGAUGAAGAGGAUUUAACGCUGGCUAAAGCGGAGAAACUCAUCGCAAACAGAGAAUUAGCAGGAGCGAGAGCUAAACUGAUCUCUGGCGAUUCCAAUCUUAACAAGAGUAAGACGGUCAAGUUUGUCGAUUCUCCUGCAGAAAAGCCCAAGAUGACUGAGUAUCAGAAAAGUUUGAGACGUCGUUUAAACAGAUCUGUUUCGGAUGACGUGAUGGAUUGUAUGCUAAUCUCAUCAAUCAACAGAAUUAACGAACCAUGUUUUCGCAACAUUUAUGUUGACGGUUUGAGGUUGAAAAUGGAAGUUGAUUGUGGCGCUGCAGUUUCCGUAAUCAGUUUGGAGAUGUACGAGGGAGAUUUCGAUCAUAUUCCGCUACAAAGAUGCGACAAGAAGUUAGCAGUGAUCAAUGGAAGCCGUUUGAAGGUUGAAGGACAGAUUGAGGUUAAGGUCGAGCUGAAUGGACGCACAAAGACUGUUGACCUAAUUGUUUUGCGAAACGGCAGUGGUUUCACUCCAUUACUGGGACGAGAUUGGUUGGAUGUGUUUGUUCCAGAUUGGAAGAAGGCUUUCGGAAACAAUAUUAAUCAACUGUCGGUUUCACCAGAUCAGAUCGUUGCAGAGAUACAAAGUUUCCGUUGGAGGUCGGGUGUACCUGGCGCACCGCAAUCAGCUUAAAUUAUUUGGCAGUCGCAAGAAGAGCCGAGCUUUAAUUUUUGCGAGCAGCCCAACACGAAAAAGAAGGGGGAGGAUGAUCAACAAGAGGACAUUGACGACGAAGCUAGCGAUUUUUAUGGUUUCGCAGCAGAUUCAUUCAUUUAUAGAGGUUCACCUAACGAUCAACCAAUGGUUUGUGAUUCGGACGAUGGUGAUUCGGAGAGAAAUAGUUUACCGCCUGGCAACAGGGUAGUGGACCCCCAGGAAGGCACGUCUGCGCUACAGUGGCUGCAAUCGAAUAGUACGAAUCCAUCAGCGAGUUUAAGCCGUGAACCUAUUUGUUUGCGUCGUUCGAAUAGGACGAAGCGUCGUCUAGAAGAUCCUGAUUUCGUUUACUACAAUAAAAAAAGAAAAUAUUAGUUUUGCGGCAGUGAAGUUUUGUCGUUUUCUGAAUCGUAACGGUAGUUAAGUUUUUCCGUGAAUUAAAUUAUAUAUAUGGCAGUGAAGUUUCGCCAUUAUCGAUGUACAAUAAUUUGGACUAAAGGGGGAAGAACUGUGGUGACCACCCAGUACUACAACCCUGUCUG